AUGCCCCUGACAAGGUCUACCACAACGUCGCCCGGAUCACGACAUGUUAAUCGAGACAGACCUGGCCAACGUCGUUCAGGUUUUCGUGCUCGAUCCAUUUCAUUCACACAUUCACUUAUGCGGUCUAAAAAAUCCGAUUUCAAUCUAUCCGCAAACAACGAAGCUCAGGUCAAUCAGUCCAAACGACGCCCGAGUUAUGAUGCAAGAUCGCUUUUCCGCCCAAAAAGUAUCUCACCUCAACCGACGCUACCAUCAUCCUCUUUUCUCACCGUUGAGGAUUCCGCCAUUGUGACUGGAGCGGCUUCCUCGAUAGAUACAGGAUCAGAUGACGAGGAAGACUAUUCUAUUCACCAUCCAAAAACUAAGAUACCCGCCGUUGCAGAACCCCAACAACUUGUCCCACUCACAGGUGAAUAUUUUACAGCCGAAAACGAUGCUUCGCAAAUACCCUCUAUGCAACCUUGUGUUACCCAGGAACAAUCACCAAAAUCGUUUGCCAAUUCAUUUAAAGACAAAUUACAUUUGACAAAAAAAGGUGGGCUCCAUCUGGGAAGUGCCAAACGAGCCACAGCCGUGUUUGGUCUCCUAAGCCGCAGUCAAGACAAAAAGGAUCCAUCAAGCCCACAGCUUUUCGACGAUGGCAGCAGCCUUGCUUAUCCUCCUCCUCCACAACCAGAAUCUACGGAAAGAGAUCAAUAUGGUUUCAUCAAAUGCACGCAAUGGCUAACCACAGAAGAUUACUGCAAUUUUGACAAAUUUUACAAGCCGAUUAUGCAACGACGGCAACAGAAAUGGCGUCAGAUCCUCAGCGAAAAUAACGGUCAAUGGCCGGCGCGAAGCAGCAAAUUCAAACGCUAUAUUCGCAAAGGCAUCCCUUCCGACUUACGAGGACAGGCAUGGUUCCAUUAUAGUGGCGCCGAAGCAAAGCUACAGACAAAUUCAGGUGUUUAUCAAGAGUAUGUCCAACGUGCAGAAGCCAUGGGUUAUGAAAAUGAACAUCUUGAAAUCAUUGAGCGCGAUCUCCACCGUACCUUUCCUGAUAAUUCUCGAUUCAAAAUGACGACAUCAGAUGGGCCAAUGACCGAUGCUGGUCAUCCAUAUACCAGCGAUGUUCCAGCUAUCCAAACUUUGCGUAGAAUUUUACUGGCAUUUUCUCUCUAUUCACCGAGCAUAGGAUAUUGCCAAUCGCUGAACUACAUUGCAGGCCUCCUUCUUCUCUUUAUGUCCGAAGAAGAAGCCUUCUGGACCUUUGUAUCGAUGAUUCAUGAUAUCUUACCCGCCAGUAUCUAUGACGUGACAAUGGAAGGCGCUAACAUCGAUCAGGCCGUGCUGAUGAUGCUCCUCUCUGAACGCUGCCCGCAGAUAUGGCACAAAAUCAGUGGCGGUAAAUCUUUCUGGGAUUGUGAAGCGGCGGACGGUGUUGGAAUGCCUACCUGCUCCCUCGUCACCAGCCACUGGUUUCUGACAUUAUUUAUCAAUAUUCUCCCUAUUGAGUCAGUUCUUCGUGUCUGGGACUGUCUAUUCUAUGAAGGACAACGUGCUAUAUUUCGAGUUGCGCUUGCUAUUUUCAAGAUGAAUGAGCAAGAGAUUCUUUCGGUCGACGAUCCUCUGGAAGUCUUUCAAGUGGUCCAGAACAUGCCAAAACGAAUGAUUGAUUGCCAUAAGCUGUUGGAUACAACGUAUCAUAAAUACGCAUCGAUCACGCGCGUCAGUGAACAGGACCUGGAAAGACGCCGCAGUAUAUUCAAAGCUCGAAGAGAAGAACGACGCAAAAAUUUACCUACGGGGACUAGCAAAUUAAGAAGAGGCAAUGUGAGAGGGACUAUCAUUAUGAAAGCUAUGGAAGCGCGUCGUCUUGUGGAAAGAGCGAAAACAGCUCGAAGAUAA